UCCUCCUCCUCCUCCUCCUCUUCUCCUUUUUCACUCCUUUAUCUCCCCUCCUCCCUCCCCCUCCCCCUCCUCCAUGGCAUCCAUCUCCUGCCCAUCGCCCGCCCGUCUACGCGAUGGCCCUGAUCUUUCUCCCUCCCUCUUCCCCAACCCCCCCUCUCCUCUCCUAGCCUCUCCCGAAACUGCCAUCCACAGACAACGAAGGCCCUGCUACUCGCCAACCGUCUCCUCCUCCUCUCCCUCAACCUCGUCCUCCUCGGCCUCCUUCUCCGCUGCAUCCUCCGUACUCUCUUCCUGGUCCCCUGCCUCGACCUCAGCCCCCUCCACCUCUACCUCCUCCGCCUCUCUCGCAUCCUCCUCUUUCGCAGAAAAAAGACUCUGGUCUGAAGAAUUUCGCGUCCUCGAGUCUGACUUCCAAAAAUUCUCCUCCCGCACCACCGUCCACAAAGCAAACGUCCUCCGUCUCUCCCUCCUCCCCUUUCUCCGCUCCCACGUCGGCGAGUCCACCUCCGUCUCCCCCGUCGAACUCGACCGUCGCCUGCACAUCCUCCACAAAUGGUGGUCCGCCGCCCUCGCCGCCCUCCGCGACCGCUCAUCUCCUCGCGCCGUAGCGGCCGCCGACCGCGCCGCCUACUUCGAAGCCAUCUUCGGCAUCCUCUCUCGGCACGAAUGGCGUCUCGCCUCUUCUCACUCCACCCGCGACCUCUACCUCGUCUCGCUCUCGGACUCGCUCAAACUCGCGCUCGACCGCCUCAUGAUGAAACCCGUCCCGGUCUCGGUCUCGGUCUUUGCCGGCGCCGUCAUCGCCCACGCUUUCUUCUAUCUCCCCGGCGUCGCUCCCGCUCUGCUAUACCUCUUCCAAGUCCGACACGCCGACGUCUCCCGCGUUCAAAAACAGUGCGGGCUCUCGCCCUUUGUCGGCGCAAACCUCAAGCGCUCCGCCAUCUCUGUCUUCCCCUCCCAUCUCGCGCCCCUUAUUGUCUGCCACGCCCCUCCAACCUCUCGCCCACCCCUGCCCCAAGACCUCAGCGACUAUCUCUACGGCGCAUGGGCUCAGAGAUGGUGGACAAGACAGGAUAGCGACGUCUUUGCUUCGUUCUUCAAACACUACUACAUCAUCGCAUCCGACUACAUCGCCCUCACCUCCACCGCCGCAGAUAUCACCCCUGACGAAGCAAUCAUCUCCACCCCCGGCAUCCUCAUCAUCCACGCCAGCAUCCUCCGCAUCAUCGACGGUGUCGUCCACUGCAACAGUCCCAGCAACUCCACCCCCUCAACCUCUUCUAGCAUAAAACGGUCGGCGUCACUACCCUCCGGCAAAGCUGACCCGAACGCACUACCGACCGAAGUCAACGCAACCAUCCGCACAACCGUCUCGUCAUCGGUCCUCGCGCGCCAGCUCUACCAGAUGCGCAUUCUCCUCGCCAUCAAAGAAGUUCUCGACUUGUCUGGUCCGACAUGCACUGCCUACGCUUCGACUUUCCUGCGCUUCUUCGAGAGCACCAUCCUGCAUGCUGCCGCAAAGCACACCUCGCUCUACGACGCCGAAGCCUGCGUCGUCCUGUGCGACCUCGCCGAAGCAGUCCUGACCACGCUCGCGGGCGCAACCCGCUCUGACCACGUCAACUGGUCGUUCUGGUUCGACAUCAUGAAGCAGCUCGUCGCCUCCGAGUCCUCCAUGACCGAAGUCCGCGCGCUCUCGUUCCUCUACUCGUUCUGGGACAACAUCGCCGCCGACUCGGACUACGCCGCCGUCGACUGGGUCCUCGGCCCUGCUGUUUGGCGAAAGUUCUUUUGCCACUGGGCGCCUCUCGUUCGCUCGUACUACAUGCGCCUCAUCUGCUGGCGCGUCAUUCGUCCCGCGAGCCCGCAGUCAAGAGACGCCGUCGACCGCGUCGUCGACCGCCUGUCUUCGCUGUACAUGGCCCUGCGUAGACUCGCUGCCUCGGGCCGUCCUAUCGACGUCACGCCGUGCUCGCCCGUGCCCGGCCGGCGGAUGGCGCUGGUCAUGUGCUCUGGCCGCGACACGGCCGCGCACAAGUUCUUCCUACUGUCGAUGAGGUUCCGGCAGGAGAUUCUUUCUGCGGUCGAGUUUGAGAACGGCGAUCGGUCGAAGAGCAAGGGAGUUGCGAACCGCUAUGAUGUGCAUGAUGAGGAAGUGUUUAUUGCUGCGGCUACAAUGAUGCCGUCGUCCGGCCCUUCGUCGCUAUCGGCCUCGUCUGCGUCUUUGCCGCUCUCUGCGAGUAGCUAUAGUGCUCCUGCAGCGAGCACUUCAGCGUCUGCGAGCGCUGCAAAGGGAAUCGCCAGUGUUUUCAGAAGAUUUCGAUCGUUCAAGAGCGGAAGCACAACGACCACAACUGAGUCAACAACCACUCAAGUUCAGCAGCAGACCAGCGUCAGCAGCGUCAGUGUCUCCGAGCAAACGUUCAAAUCGACGCGUCUGCGACGCACCCCGUCUACGUCGUCGACAAACUCGACGAGCUCGGUGAUCACGUCUGCCUCCGCGCUGACGAUGAGCGGUCAAACCAGCAACGGGUUCGCGUCCGCCCCGGGUUCGAGCUCGACAGUGAACUCGCUGCUCGGGUCAGAGAAAUCAUACUGCUUCAUGCUCCAGCCGACAGACGCGCACCGUCUGCAGCGGACACCCGCCACCAGCAAUGCUAGCACGCCCACGCCGUCUGCCUCAUCGUCGUCGACGUCCCUGCCGCUGCAGGCAAACAACUCGCAGUCGCAGCUGCUGCUCCCGCGAGGCGCACAGAUCCCUGUUCCGCGACUGCCGUUUGCGAGACACAGCGUGAUGGCGAUGGCGAGCCAGCGCAAGGGCGCAAGCGGCUUUGCGGCGGCAGCAGAACGCAAGCUCGUGGUCGCGACGCCGCCGGAGAGUGGUUCGUCGUCGUUCGUGUCUGCUUUGCGGGAUAUUGCGAAUUCCCCCGCGACGGCAGCGGCGGCCGCGGUGGUGGUCGCGCAGAACUCGCCUGUUCCGUCGUCGAUUGCGACGUUUGAGUUACAGCCGUUUGCGAGCAGCAGUAGUAGUACCAGCAGCGGCAGUAACCUCACGACCUCAUCAACCUCGCUCUCGUCCCUCACGACCGGUCUUUCGCCACACUCGAGCAGCAGCAGCGGUAACGGCAACGACAGCACCAACACCAACACCACCAGCAGCAGCACGAGCGGCACGCUCCCGUCGAUCAGCCCGCACGGCAACUCGCUCAAGUACGCGGGCCACGCGCUCAGCGAGUGGAAUUCCGUGGUCAGGCAGUACGAGCGGUUCGUGGAGAUGCGGCGGAAGAAGGACGGGAUCGAUCUCGAUCUCGAUAUCGGCACGCCGAGCAUUAUCGGCGAGGUUCUGUGCUGAACAACAGCACAGCUUGUAUUAUUUUUAUUUAUUUUUUUAUAUGUUAAUUUUGGGAGUUUUUGAGUUAGAUAUAGGGAUUUCUAGAAGUUCUUUUGCUUUGUUUCAUUGUUACUCAUUCUUUCAAUCUGGGCUAUUCGAGAAAAGAACUGCUCUCUCUUCUGCAUGUGUAUAUAUCCUAGGAUAUUAUUUCUCUUUUAAUAUCUUCUUUUCUUUCUUCUUCCUGCUCAUAUUUAUACUUACAUAUUUUGUCAUUUUUUGCAUUUAUCUGUGAUAGAGAUACUGGAGGGACAUGUUCAUAUGGUAAUCUUAUCGUAUAAAGGGUUAAUAUAUAACUAUUAUACAAACAUAACUACAAACAUAACUACAAA